UAUAAUGUGAGCGAGCAGAGGCGCUGGGCAGCGAGUGCCGCCGGGAUUCUGACUUUGCGGCUACUGCGGCAACGGCAGCAGCAGCAGCAGCAGGGAGCCCAGGGGCUGCGUGCUGUGCAGGACUGGGAGGAGGUGGUGGUGACAAGGGUAGCGCAGGGAGGAGCCGCCGCCGCGGGAAGCCGAGGGAGGGAGGGAAUAGGGAAGGAUUCAGCUGCUCGGCUCGGCCGGCCUCUGUCUCUAGUAUCAGGCAGCUCUGGAGCUCGGGAUGAGAAAGCGGAACGAGUCAGUCGCCUUGGAGCAUGAGCGCUUCGCUGCCUCUGCCUCUGCCUCCUCCUCACCUUCUUCUUCCUCCUCCUCUCCCUCUUCCCCUGCCGCCGCUGCAGCGCUGGACAAGGAUUGUCGCCUGAAGAAGAACCUGCGCCUGGCGGGCAAGGGGACAAAGGAGCUGGGCUCCUCCUCCAACGCGGGCAUGAAGCGGGCGUUCGGCAGAAGAAAGGGAUUGUGGUUUCGCUUGCGGAAGAUUCUUCUUUGGUCAUUGGCCUUGUACAUUGCCAUUCCAUUCCUUGUAAAACUCUGUCCUGGGAUACAGGCUAAGCUGAUUUUCUUAAAUUUUGUGAGGGUUCCCUAUUUUAUUGACUUGAAAAAGCCACAGGAGCAAGGCUUAAAUCACACCUAUAAUUACUACCUCCAGCCAGAAGAAGGGGUAACCAUUGGAGUCUGGCACACAGUCCCUACAGUCUUAUGGAAGAAUGCUCAAGGAAAGGACCAAGUAUGGUAUGAGGAUACAUUGGCUUCUAACCAUCCUAUCAUUCUUUAUUUACAUGGAAAUGCAGGCACUAGGGGAGGAGACCAUCGAGUGGCACUCUACAAGGUUCUGAGUUCCCUUGGUUACCAUGUAGUCACCUUUGAUUACAGAGGCUGGGGUGAUUCAAUAGGAACUCCAACAGAACGGGGAAUGACCUACGAUGCGUUACAUGUUUUUGACUGGAUAAAAGCAAGAAGUGGUUACAAUCCUGUGUAUAUUUGGGGCCAUUCACUGGGCACUGGAGUUGCAACCAACUUAGUAAGGCGCUUAUGUGAACGAGAAACUCCUCCUGACGCUCUCAUAUUGGAAUCUCCAUUUACAAAUAUACGUGAAGAAGCAAAAAGUCAUCCAUUUUCAGUGGUCUACCGAUACUUUCCUGGAUUUGAUUGGUUCUUCCUCGACCCCAUAACUAGCAGUGGGAUUAAAUUUGCAAAUGAUGAAAAUGUGAAAUACAUAUCAUGCUCCUUGCUUAUUCUUCAUGCUGAAGAUGACCCCAUCGUGCCAUUCCAUCUAGGAAGAAAGCUUUAUAACAUCGCUGCACCAUCUCAGAGCUUCCGGGACUUCAAAGUCCAGUUUGUUCCAUUUCAUAGGGAUCUUGGUUACAGACACAAGUACAUAUACAAGAGUCCUGAACUACCUCGGAUAUUGAGGGAAUUCCUGGGAAAAUCAGACCAUGAGCAUCAUCACGAGCUACGUCACUGAGGACUGGCUGUGUGAAAGCAUGAAGAUCUCUUCCCCCAUCCUUUUCUUUUCCUUUGGAUCAGUCCACAGUCCUGGAAACCGUCAGCAGCAGAUGAGUCUAGCACUCCAGCAUCCACAUUGCUCAGGAACCCUGGCUUGUCAUCAAGCUUGCCUGUGGAGGGGACUCAAAAUGAUAUUAGUUGGUUUGUGUGGCCCUGGUAGGAGUGGGAGGAAGCUUAUACAGAGCAACUCAAUGUGACCCCGAUGGACCCAAGGAUCCAACCAAGUGGCUGAAAAUAGGAACCUUUCUUGGAAAUGUAGAGUGGUUGGAUGGCGUGGUUUCUCUCCACCCCACAACUUGAGCUUUCUGUUAAGCAUAAGUUGGCCAUGGUGAACCUGCCAUAACUUGGUUGAUCCUACUUCUGUCUUGCUUUUUGGUGGAUAUUUUUUUUUUUUGAUGAUGGAGACUUUGUUCCCUACUCACUUCUUCUACAAGUUUAACUGUUAACUCAAGAAGGUGAAAGGGACUCUUGCUGUCUCAAAACAAGGACUUCAACCUCUUAACUAAAGGAAGUGGUAGGAGGAGACCUGAAAAUGAAGGAUUUAUUUGCGGUUCUUCCUAUCUCUCCCUGGUACACCCAUAAUGAACUUUGGAUGGUUUAUUAUUAUUUCUCACCCUAGGCUUACUUGCACUCCAUGGCCACUAUUCUCUUCUCUUGGUGGUACUUUUGCUAAUUCACAAGACGACUUAUGGUGAUUAUUAUUUGUACUUCUCUCAGUUCAUUUCUCCUCUAUUUCUCUCUCCCAUCCUUUUAACUAACCUGGGUCUAAACUGAGCAUUUAUUUAAAAAUAAAAUAGUGGUGGUGAUCUGUCUUCCUUUUUCUCUGCAAACUUAGAAAAAUCAACCACACUAAGCACUUUGAGGCAGAAAAGUUUGUACCUUGAACAACUUCCUUGAGACUACUUUGCCCUGUGGUCUUAGCUACAAGAUUUAAAGGCAGAGUGAGCUUUCCCAGCUUAGUGCUGUCUACCUAAAAAAGCUGGGGCAGAACGUGGCUAGUGAAUGUGAAUGGAGUUUCCUGAUGUCUUCCUUCGUUGGCCUUAGGCAAGACUCAACCCCUAAUCCAAGUACAUACUAGAAGUGCUCUCUAUGGGGAAGGCUGUUCUACAGUGGGAUAGGAAUGUUCCAGAUUGCACAUCAAGUUUCCAUGUCUUUGCAUUUCUGGUCCCAAGGUGAAAUCUUGUAGCCUAAGGCACAGAAUGUCCAUUCCUGCAGUUGUAUAUUGAGUAGCAUGAGCACAUAAGCAUGCGUGGGAGUUCUAGUUACAGGUGCAUAAUGUCUAUUUUUAAUGAAUUUUAUGCCAUAAAAAAGAUGGAGUAUAGUUUUGGCCCGUGUUACUUAUGAGCUGUGUGCCACUGAAAUGCUACUUAUUGGAGUUAUUUAUUGCACUGAUAGAUGUAUUAUUUGGCUUUUUUUGUACAACCAAAUCAACAUUCCAUGAGAUGCUGUUGCUUUCAUUAGACACCUAUUAAAUACAAUUCAACUUUAAAUAAGAAUAUUGUCAAUCUUCCCCAAUUAACAAAAGAUCAGAUUCUCCAAAGCAUGAACCUGAUACUGUUUGUCUGUCACCUACAGUUCCAAUCAUUAGGCCAGUAUUGUGUAUUGAACUUUAAAGUAAAAUCUCUCAAAGAAAAAAAAAUGCAUAAUUUUAAUAAAGUUGCCUUUGGAUCACUC